AUGUCAGCCAUGCGGCUGUUCACGUGUUUCCUGCAGCUCUUGGCUGGUCUGUCCCUGCCUGCUGCAUCCCCCCAGCAGUGGGAUGUACCUCCUGAGAACAGCACAGCAGAAGUAGAAGUGUUGCCCUUCCAGGAGGUGUGGGGUCGAAGUUUCUGCCGCUCGCUGGAGAAGCUGGUAGAUGUUUCAUCAGAGUACCCAGGGGAAGUGGAGCACAUGUUCAGCCCAUCCUGUGUCUCACUGAGGCGUUGUACUGGCUGCUGUGGAGAUGAGAACCUCCACUGUGUUGCAGUGGAGACAACCAAUGUCACCAUGCAGCUUCUGAAGAUCAAGUCUGGGGAACAGCCAUCUUACAUGGAGUUAGCAUUCACUGAGCAUGUGCGGUGUGAGUGCAGGCCUCGGAGGGAGAAGAUGAAGCCAGAAAGGAGGAGACUCAAGGGUAGAGGGAAGAGGAAGAGAGAGAAGCAAAGACCCAGAGACUGUCAUCAGUGCGAAGAUGCUGUUCCCCAAAGGUAACCCAGUGGACCCUGGAGAGAGCAGUCUCUGCCCAGCUUAUAUUUAUUGCCCCUUUCACAAUCUCAAUUUCCUCCCUGACCACAGCCCCUCUAUUUAUUAGCCAAAUGUAACCCCUGCUGAAUGUCUACUUCUCCCUUGGCGGGGAGACUGACCCUCAGGACUUUGGUGCCUUAAGAAGAAAAAGAGGAGACUUCGGGAGGAUCCAGAGUCAAGGUCAUGGGAUGUACCUAAACACUGAACACGUGUGCCCCUGGUCUGGGAUGCAACUCAGGAG